ACUCAACCUUGCAAAGACAGAACUGCUUGUGAUACCAGCUAACCCAUCGUUUCAUCACAUGACAGCCAUAACCCUUUCAAAAACAGCCCGAAAUCUUGGAGUUAUGAUUGAUGAUCAACCAAUAUGGCAAUAUCAACCAAACCAACACAUGAUUACAGGAAAACAAACACUCGCAACCAUGUGGUCAGAACAGUUUACAGAAUGAGCAGAGAAGAAGGGAAGAAGUUUGGAAGAUAGAUGUGGUUUCAUGUCCUCUCUAUCCAUCAGGAGUAAUUAAAGUCCUCACUUUGGCACUUUAAAUAAACAUUCCUUCCCCCACCAAAGAGUGAAGAAAGAGCAAGAAGAAAAGGGCCAAGUAAAAAGGGGAGGGGCUUGGAGGCACAGAGAAAGGCACUGCUAAAACUGCUAUAUCUCAGUCAGCUUCACAGAGAGAGAGAGUACAAUAUACAGCAAAUCUGAGUCAAAACCAACUACACUUAAGAGAACACAAGAAAUGAGAGGAGCGAUCAGACUUGCACAAAAGGAGAAACAUUUUUAGAAUUUCUAGAACAAGGAAUUUCAAACUAACUUGAAAAAACAAAACAAGGAGUGCAUGUUGAGUUAGACAAAAGCUACGAAAAGAAGAGGUCUAUUGGAGUCACACCAUUGGAUCAGGAUGAGCAUGAAUGGCACUCUGGAGAAGGGGGCUCAUCACCAGGCCCUCGACCUCUCUGAAGAGCUCCCGACCAACAGCCAUAAUCACCAUCACAAUCACACCAGUCUCAAACACACAAACUCCUUGGCCUCCACUGUGCAAGCCAGGACCCCAGUAGGUGGGUCUGGAGUGGUUGUGCCGCCACCUUACUCUGCUGCAGAGGCUGGGAGAGGUGAAGCACCGCUGGAGCUCCGGGGCUCUCUGGACUGCUGGGCGUGUUCAGUACUUGUGACAGCACAGAACCUGGUGAUCGCAGCCAUCAACGCCUGCCUGGCAGGGUUGGUUUUCGGGCUCAUCCUCACUCCUGCUAUUGUCAUGGUGGUGAUCGGCUUCAUCUGUCAUUCAACGGUGCGUUCACAGGGGUCAUCACUGUACUGCUCGGAUCUACUGAAUGAUGGUGGAUGUGUGGCUCUGCUGGUUGUGGGAUUCUUGCUAGUGACUCCACUCCUGGUUCUGGCCUUGGCUGCAUACUGCCGGCUUGCUCGUCACCUUCAGCUGGGUCUUUGUUUUAUUCCAUACAGUCGUGCCGUCUACAAGAACCUUCCAGCUACCCAGCACAGAGGCUUGACAGGGGGCUGCUGUGGACAGCAAUCUGGGAAAGGAGAAAGGAAGGGGAAAGUGUGGGUGUAGAAAGGAGGACUAUACUCAUGUUGUACUGGAGGGAUGAAAAAAAAAAAAAAUAAUUCCCAAAUAAAAAUACUGAAAUCUUUAUGACAGACAAAGGCAGGCAAAAUAACCGAUUUACAAAUUUUAAAGCCAUAUACAGCAUCUUUGUCUGAUCCUAUAUAUUUAAUGUGUUCCUGUGGAUUAAUUCCCAGUGAACACACAUACUGUAAAAAAAAAAAAUAUAUAUUGUAUAGCCUGAAUGCACAGUAGGUCACUUUGGAUUAUCUACUACAUGCAUAAAUGUCCUACAACUGUUAUAGCACAAUCAAUUUAAAUUAGUCAAUUUCAGUAAUCAACAUUCAUGAAAUAAUCAAAUUCAUAUAUCCAUAAAUGAUGUGUACGUAAACCUAUUUGUAUAAAAACUAUUCGCCCUACAUUUGUCUUAAGACAUAGUCAAAAAUAUUUUGUUAAAUGUUUUUCUUAUAACAUGUACAGUGUAUUUUCCAUUUCUUUAAAUGUUACAUUUAAUACAAAUCAUUAACUACUGCAAUUUCAAAGAACUGAUGGGCUGCUCUCCUAAUUUUGUAAAAAAUUUAUUUAGACAAAAAUGUGUGUGUAAUUUGCAUUGCGUGAUGUAAGUUUUCGCACCUAGAACAUUAAGGUGUAAAAAAAAAGAUGGGAAAAAAAACUGUAAAAUAUAAUACAGCAAACAGCACAUAGCCAUUAUUUUAACCAUGUUUCAUCUGAGGUAAAAUCACAUGGAAAUACAGAGCUUAUUCUGUAAUAUCUGUGUAGUAUUUUUUUUACAAUAUAUUAACAUUCUGUUGCACUUUACUUCACUGUGCAUAUUGUAAUAUUACACUUUAAGGGCACGUUAUACAUUUAUAAACCUUAUAAAUAUUAUUGAGCUAGUCAAAAUUAGAACAGUUAAAGUGCAGUCGUCAGCUCUAGUGGUGCAGAUGGAAAACCGUGUGUUCACAAUUUGAUGGAAUCAACACGUGUUCGAAUCUGCCUUUUACUAAGUUUUACUAAGUUUAACUAAGUUAUUUCUCCCUUUACAAAUUUCAAAUCACAUCACAAAAGCAUUAAUUUUCAAUAAAAAUGAAGGAAAUAAUCAAAGUUGCGAGGAAGGGCUUUAUAGUCUCAAGGUGGCAUCCAUUUAAUAAUUGGAAUUUAAAAUUA